AUGAUCCCGCAUCCCUCCUCGACGGGCCUCCAGACCUGGACCAGCCAACAUCGCGCUUCUGGGACAGCCGACAGGUCGUCCAUGGCCGUGGCUCCCGCGCCUUCUUCCGCCCAACAGCUAAUCGAUCUGUCGUCCGACGGCCCUACAGAGAACGAACAUCCUCACAAGAGACCUAGGUUAGAUACGACCGUGUCCGGCCUGAGCGGCGAUGGCCGUACCCCUUCGUCCAGAAGCGCAACAACCGGUCCCACCCCGAACAGACCUUCCGCGGUAUCAGGUCGCGGCCGGCCAGCAUACUCUUUUCAGGAAUUAGUCGCUGAUACAUAUGGAGGAAAUGUGUUUGCUGGAAAUGUGACCCCAGGAUCGCAAACCUCCAAACCUCCUUCUCCGCCGCCGUUUCCCGUGCGACCAUGGACCCAUACUUCGGCGCGUCUGUCGCAAGUCGAAAAUGAGGGAUUGUCGAACAAUAUACGGGGGCGCGUGGUCCAAACCGUUCCGUACCACCCAGAAACUCCAGAAAUUGCGCCCAGUCUGACUCGUGAAAAAAUCGCCGAUUAUGCACCAUGGUCGCGCACCGGAAAUCACCCCGAAGAUAGGUUAUCAGACCUCAAUGUCAAGGCAGGGAAUUUUGAUAGGGUACCGGGUCCGAAUACAAACUCUGAUAUCCAAUCGCACGCUUCCAAACUUUCUAGUCAGUUAAAGAAUCACUCCAGCUUGCAGCUGCUGUCAUCCGUUUUCGCCGCCGCCUUGGAGAAACGUCAAAUCAAUGAAAAAAUUUCCUCGACCUCUACCUUCAAACCGCCUCCACGUGUCACUCUCACGGACAACAAACGGGAGGCUUGGCUUCGCGAUCUGGCUAACUCGUCUGUUCCGUUACGACGACUAAGCCGAACUAUACCGCACGGAAUUCGAGGCAAAGUCCUGUUGGACCAAUGCUUGGGCAAGGGAGUUCCAAUAGGCAGAGCUGUAUGGCUGGCCAAAUGUGUCGGAGCCAACGAGAUCCGCGCAUUCAAAAGAAAGGGCACCAGCGGAUCCCUUUCGCAAGGGCUUGAGACGAAAUGGGUUCGGGAGUGGACACUAAGUGUGCAACAAUUCACUGCCGGAGUAAUAAGUGCAUGCGGAAAGCCGGAUUGGCGAAAUAAAAUGACAUAUGCAGUGAGACUCGCUGCUCGUCUAUUCUACGAACAUCUACUUGACCAAGACUACUAUCUCGAUUGGUAUCUAUCUUCGAUGGAGGGCUCCUCGCUGGACGCCUUCCCGAUAUGGCUUGCAAUGCUUAGUAUCUACUGGGGAAGCCUUGUACGAUUUAGAAAACGAGGCAGACGUCUUGCGGAGACUCUGUUGGAGAAAUUACGCGAAGCCACAUCGUCCGACUUCAAAAUGAAUUUACAACCCUUGAUCGAUCGAAUCUCGCUGCUAGUCCGCCGGCUCUGCCGAGAAAAUUCGCCGUGCCUUAUUCUCCCACGAUCAUGGGACCGAUAUCAAGAUGUUGUUGCAUCUUCACUCUCAGACGAUUCUAGGGAAAAGGCAAUCUUGCAAUCGCUGAUUCUUCGAAAUGCCCGUGUUCAAAGACCCGGGACCUGUUGUCCCACCCGUCAACGUUCACCACAAGAGCAGGUCAUCAAGCUUCUAGAUGCGUCUCGCGAUUCUUGCGACAUGUGUAGCCUAUCGAGCAGUUGCCUCAAUCUUGUCCCGGAUAGGCAAGAGCUCGUUUCUGUGCUUCUGAGGUGGGCGGCCAGUUCGUUUCGCCAAGGAUUGGUUCGCGUGUAUAUUGCAGUGCGACUUUUCCGCAAAUGGAAACGAUCAGGCAUGGAUAUUGACGCCUGUAUCUUUCCGUUUCUCACCCAGGCAUCGAUCGAGCAGUCGACAUCUUCCAUGACAAAUGUCUAUCACAUUGUCGUCGAGUUAAUCCGGUCUCAGACAUUCUCGGUCGGCCGGUAUCUGCAGUGGCUCGUCGCAAGAGGUGCAGUUGAACAGUAUCGCCAACACUACUCUCCAGCAUCAUCUGUACCAGUUGACAUAGCAUUGCUAUCGCACAUACCAGUUGCCCGACUUCCAAGACACCUUCGCAAUCUUCGAGAUACGCUCAUGGCUCGUGCUGGACUUUCUUCUUCCGAGGCGGAGGUAUUGCAUAGCGUCAAGGCUGAUUUGAAACAGAGGCUCCCAAGUCUGCUUGGAAAAGAUGGCUUUCAUAUGAAUAUCAAUUACGAUCAACACAAUCUAUCGUGGUCGAUUAAAGCUGAUGUUAGCCAGUGGAUUCGAGCAGCUGUAUCUGAACAUUAUGAAAACGGCUCCGCCUAUCCUAAAAUCUAUGAAAAUUCCGUCGAAGUGUCCUCUCUAACCCAAGAGGAAUUCCUAGUUGUUCGUUCUGUACUUGAGCAAUACGGCGAUCUUUCCAUGCUCGCGGACAUUCUCAUCGACGCGUCCAACUCAGAUGAUAUUCGUUUACUUACUUGUGCUGUCGAUACGCUUAAUCGUCAUUUUGAGUGCUUCACUAUCAUUGGUGCAUUGGGCGAUAUGUUCAGAAGUUUCUACGAAGCUUUCCUCCGUGUGAAGACCAACGGGCAGCCUCUUUACGAUUUAGCAUAUUCGAUGGCAGAAGUCGGUCACCGUCUCCCAGAGGAAGUCAACUCUCUCGUAUUACUUCGACAAGAACUCUGUCGUGCGGAUCGUAACCUCGCUCUUGCAGCAUGCUCUCCAGUGUCCGAUCAUAUGGCAGAAACUUUAAACGACUCCAGCCCUUCAUUCAACGAGGAUAUGGACCACUUCCUGUCAUCUGGCAAUAGUAUGGAUGAAAUGACAAUGGUUCUGGUGUUUCAAAAACUGAUUCAGCAACUUGCUUCCUACAAUGAGAAGAUUCCAUCAAAGCCAGGCUCGGUAUGUCGUCAUCUUGUACAGCUACGGUCGUUCAACUCCAAACACUUUGAUCUUCUGCUGGUCCAAUGGCUCGAGACGAUUCUGAAGUCUGCUUCCCGUCCCAACCUGUCUCGUUUGCUACACCCUCUUGUUGGCAUCGGAUGUGUGACUUUACCGGCUUUCGCUACUUUGAUGAACAAGCUUCUACAGUCUGGCUCGCUUCAACCUGCAAACUCAGUAUUACCGGAAUCGCUGGUUGACUUCCUGGAACUUCUUGUGCCAAACUACAGUGCUGAACCCUUAUACGAUUUUUUAGCGUACAGGUUUCGCAUUGCUCAAGAAGAAUUUCUUCACGGACACUCACAUGAAGCUCUCGCCCUCCUCAAAGAUGCAGUACCUCAUAUGACUUUAGGAGCACAAAAUUUGGUAUCCUCGGUUCCAUGUGUGGUGCCUUUGCUGAGUGAGAUAAUUGUACGCCGUCCAGAGGCUGCUACUCUCGACAGCAUCCGUGCUCUUAUGAAGGUUAACCCGGUAUUCCUUCCUGUUGUCCGCAAAUCUCUCGAUCAUCUUUUGAGUGACCAUCAGAGCAACCCGGAUUUUUUGAUGCAGACGGCGAUGACUAUCAACAAGACCAACCAUCUUUCUCUGCCUCUGUGUCAAUUGAAGUUGCAGAUUCUAUUCGACGAGAAGAACGACGAUAGCAUCAGGAACAGCAUUGUAGAUUUGAUGUACACAUCGGCAGUGGCGGAUGUUCGUACUGGGAAUACCUAUUGGCUUGAUCUGGUAUCUACAAUGGGCCAAGAGGCUGCUGAGCAGCUACGCCAGAGAGCCGAAAAGGAUUUCUUUGCUGUUGCACAACCCGAAAGCAUGGAGAAAGAUUCCGAAAACGAAAAACUCGGCCUUCAAGACAACGCACGUGUAUAUCUAGCCAUUGUCGACGGGCUUGCGUAUAGUAUACCCGAAGAAGGGGUUUCCGCCGUGGCACCUGUUCUUGUCGAAAGAAUGAACGCUUUGCUCCAAAAGCUGUUCACGAUGCAUAUGAAUGUGCGGACUUGGACCGAACAACGUAGCCGCAGCUCACAAGAGGCAAUGACGCGGUCACUAUCUGGCAGCGAAGAGAAUUUCGUAUUUUGGUUGACUGCAAUGCUACAAAUGAUUCGAAUUCACCGAGCUGCGUUCGAUCUACCAUCAUCCGGCAACCAUCGACUAGGUGCCUAUGUCGAUUUGUCCCGGUUACUCAUCAUAAUAUGCUGCCUCGCAUUAUCCCGUACACCCUUAGGACUUACGGUGCAGCCACGUUUAGAUCUGUCUGCGUCAUCAUACUUUCUUGCAUCAGCCAAAGAAGUCCGAGCCGGAAAUACCAUUCAAACAUACGCUUUAGAUAUUGCAUCUUCUCUUGUCGACAGUCUUCCCGACGAGGCUCGCCAACACUGUGCCAACUUCAUCAAAGAGCGGUUUCCGCCAGCACUCAAUGUCCAGAACGAUCCUCGUUUGCAAUUCUUGUUUGGGCCUGUUGCGGAGAAUUUUGGCAACAUGGGCGGAGCCCUUCCAUCUUCUGUGUCAGUCUCAUCACCAGCAGCGACAUUGACCCCGUCCAACAAUCCCGUCAGUGCAGCCACCGUUGCCGGAGGGAACGCAAUCGAAGAUCCUUUGGCGCUCAACAAUCGGCUGCGCGUGCAAAGCCGCGGUCGUGUUAUUGGAUCAUACCCCGUUCGUCCUUGGGAGAUGCUGGAAGAAGCGGCUCCUGUAGUCGGUGCAAACGAUACUGCAAUUGAUCUAAACCUCUUCGGUGCACGAAAGGUCCGCGAUUACUGA